UAGAUACUUAGGCAUGACUGCAAUGGGCUGUACGACUUUAAGAAGGAAACGCGUGAGCUAGCGUGUGGCUCUUGGUAGUGAUACUGUGUUUAGCAACAACCCAGAACGCGGGGAGAGGAGGAGACCCAGGGAGUGGUAUCGCACUCGGGCGGGUACUGGUUAGGGCUCUCGUGCUAUGGUUCUACUUAGUUUAGAACUGGAAGUCCUGCUGGAAGAGCCAGGCAUGCGUGAGCUGUCGCUGCUUUGACUUCAGAGGGACACUCCGGUUGAGCUGAACGAUUGGUGGGGGCUUUUGAAGGCUUUAACCCAGGCAUACCUGAGUUGUCGUAGCAAUACAGUCCCAUUUUAAAUGAAAUAUAUUAGUAAAAGUUUAUCUGUCUUGGCCUCGUUGUGACGUUCUGCACUUCAUAUCUCAUGUAGAGUGGAGGCAACAUUCCAAAGGUUUGCUGGCAGUAUGGCCACUAGUGCAGUUCCCAGCGAGAACCUCCCCACGUACAAACUGGUUGUUGUCGGAGAUGGAGGUGUUGGGAAGAGCGCACUCACCAUUCAGUUUUUCCAGAAGAUUUUUGUGCCAGACUAUGAUCCAACAAUUGAAGAUUCCUACCUGAAGCACACGGAAAUAGAUGGGCAAUGGGCCAUACUUGAUGUGCUGGACACUGCUGGACAAGAAGAGUUCAGUGCUAUGAGGGAACAGUAUAUGAGAACAGGAGAUGGGUUCCUCAUUGUCUUUUCAGUAACUGAUAAAGCUAGCUUUGAGCACGUGGACAGGUUCCAUCAGCUUAUCCUUCGUGUUAAGGACAGGGAAUCAUUUCCCAUGAUCUUAGUAGCGAAUAAAGUUGAUUUGAUGCACUUGCGCAAAGUCACAAGUGACCAAGGCAAGGAAAUUGCAGCAAAGUACAACAUUCCGUAUAUAGAAACCAGUGCCAAGGACCCUCCAUUGAAUGUCGACAAAGCCUUCCAUGACCUUGUUCGAGUAAUCAGACAAGAGAUUCCAGAAAAAAAUCUGAAAAAGAAGAAGAAAACCAAGUGGCGUGGUGACAGGGCGACUACUUCUACUAGAAUACAUUGUGUGAUCUUGUGAUGGACUUUUAUUGCCCUGCUGCUGGAAAGUAGCUACUGAUUUUUUUUCUGUGGGAGACUGUGGCAAUUGAACAAGUAUGGCCAUACUGCACUACCUAUAGCCAGCGCUGUACCACUUCUAAAUGUACCCCCCAAUACACUACAAUGGGGAAGGAACUCAUCUCUCUAAAAGAUUGUAAUUAUACCUUCAUAUUUGUGUGUCUGACAACCAUAAAGAACAGUCAACAUGUCCAGCUGCUAAUGAGAAGAUAGCGUGGCAAAAAGUUUGUGUGUUUUGUAUCCAGUUCUUUAUGUGCCACAAAGGUGCGGAGAUUACCCCAAGUAUACAUCAAGCCACCUGUACUUGCUAUCAAGAAAACUGAGCAAGAUGCCUUUUAGCACAAAAAUAGCCAUUUAUUUUAUUUUUAUUUUACUUUUUUUUGAGAGAGACUUUUCAAAGCUCUUGAUAAAGACCGCAGUGCACCGGACUGGAAUGAAAUGUGAUUUUGUACUGAAUCAGCACAGAAGGAGCUGCCAGAAAUGAACUUAAUGUGAAGUGACUAAAACUUUUGAGAGGAAAAUGAAUUCCAGCUGCUGCUGUGGGCUUCAGACACUGUGUCAGAGUCUGGAUACCAGCCAGCAUGCAUUCUGUAAUCUACAGAAAAUUCCGGAUUUUUACCAAGCCUUGUUUAUUUGGUCUGUUGUACUCUCAGUGAAGACUUUUUUAAAGAACAUAUUUAAACUAUGGAAAAUGAAAUCUUUGACUCUAAACAUAUCACCACAACAUUAUAACAUUUUCUGCACUUUUUUAGCUGCCAGUAUAAGUUUAUGUCAGGUUCUCUGGUUUUGUACCUGCACUGAAAAAAAUGUGGCAACAAACAAAACAAAAAAGUGUGCCUGCACCAUUGUAAGCCUAGAAGUAUAAAAUGUGUUUAACUGAAGUAUCAGCUAAUGCUUCUCUGUACUGGGAAAAAGAGGCCAGUGUAAUCAUUUAGGGCCCUAUCAGUAUGGCAUAACCGUUUCACAGCAUUUAUUGCCGUAGUGAUUGUGCAUCCGGGUUAUCUUUGGAGAGAAAAAAAAGUAUAACUGUUAGAUGUCUUGUACAGCAUUUUGUAUCUCCACACACUAAGUAAUGCUUUUGAUGCUUAGUUUAUGUAGAACAAGGCCACUGAACUGACAGCAUUUCUGUCAUUAUGCCUUUCUUUGGGGGAAGGGGCGUACAGAUUCCAGUUCUCACUUUUAUAGUUUACAAAGCCCUUUUAGAAGGUGCUGCAGAAGAAAACCAUAUUAAUCCCCCUACUCUGAAUGUAUUUUGUGCUGUGAAUGAAUUUGUACAGAGGAAUUGUAGAUAGUCCAAUGUAUUUCCCUGUGUCAGGAUGGGAUCUGCCUACAGUUACAGAUCUUGGCAUGAAUUAGAAUAGUUCAUGUAUCAGAAAUUAAUUUUGGAAAAAGACCAUAAAACUGGUUCUGCUUUUAACUGUCUUGUAACUGCAAUAAAUAUUUAUAGUAGUAGAAUGCAUUGCAAGCAUCCCUAAACUUAGUUUAAACAAGAUUGUUAUGGUCAAAACAGCACAACAGUUCAACAACAGACCGUUGAACAGAAUUGUCUGAGGUUAAUACUGUAGUAAAUUGAUGGCAGAAAGUCUGCCUUUGUUUGACUUGGAGAACACAGUACUGUUUAUGUUUCAGAUUUAUUUUAAAUUGCUUCAUUCCCCCACGAAGAAAAGGUGGUUACCAAUUUAAACACUGGAAUAACCUUACAAAGUGAAAUUUUUGUCAGGUUCCCUAGGGAAGAAGAAAAAAACGUCUAAAAGCAGAUUUAGUGGAUGUGAGUUAACAGUAUUUCAGUUGACUGCAGUAGACAGAAAGUGACUGUUGUGUGUUUAUUUUUAUUCUCUGUUGCCUUAAAGGGAUUUAUAAUGUAUCCCUGUUUGUAGACCAUUGUACGUAUCUGUUUAAUGCCAAGAAGUGUUAACACUGCCUUGUAACCACUUUUGCUGGGGUACAUAAAGUGACACAAUGUACUGAAAGUUCUAGUAAUUUUGACUGAUUCGUGGUAACCGGGACUUUUACAAGGAACUGUUCUUUUUAUAUGUAAUGCCAUGUAAGUGAUAUGGUAACUGAGUAAUAGGAAAGCCUAGGUAUUCUUCAUUGCCUGAGUUCCAAAUUUCAGAAUUCUCACCAUUUUCAGUGUAUAUUUUGAAAGCUGUUGACAUCUGCACAUCAGAUUGAAACAAAUGUUUUAUAUUAUAUUUAUCCUAACACUGUUAUUAUAAAAACUCCAGACUUGGUACUCUGUCUUUAUAAGUGCCAUAUUUUGAUGUCAUAGCCAUACAAUGCCCAUAUCAACAAGCAAAGUACUUUUAAGUCUUGGAGUUCAGCGAGAAUCUUGAGUUUUUGGUGCUAUACUCUUCCAGGUGUAUUUACAGGUCCGGUAUGCACUACUAAAUAUUUUACAAGGCCACAUAUCUGCAUAGACCUACACAUAAAAAAUGUCACGAUCUUUUGAAAUGUUUUGACAAGAAGUGGUUUUACAUGAUGUAUGUCGGUAGCACCAAUGAAGUAUAAAUGUAAUCACCUUGAACUUCUUUUCUGGCCUGCCUUGAGUCUGCAAAGAAUCCUAGAAUUCUUUCUCUUAACUUCCUCUCAAAUCCCCCCCCCUUUCUGUUUUUGAAACAAGAUGUCUUGAACCCAUACCUGAAUAGAUCUCUUUUCCUUUAAGAAAAAAUGCCUUGAUUUCAUGCUUUAUUUUGUGUAAAUGAACACCUGUAACAUACCUGCUAUGGUGUUUUUUUUUUUAUCAUCCCUUUGGAGAUAUGGCUAGCUGUUCUGAUGCCUGAUGCUGUCUCCAUCAACUUUAAGUUGAGGAGUAGAAAAAAAAAGCUCUUCCCUUUAAGCUGUAACAAACUGCUUGUUACAUUUGUAAUAACAAGAAGCUGCUACAGUUUAUGCUACAUAGCACUGCUAAAGUGCUUCAGUUCUGACCACAAAUGCAGUACUGGCAUGCACUGGCAUUCAUUUCUGAAUGCAAGUAUUGCAUUGAAAUAGUUGCACUCAGGUUGGCUUGUCCCAACCAAGCUACACCUGUACUACUGUUAAUUCGAUGUACAGCAACCCUUCAGAACAAUCCAGUUAUUCACUGCUGCCUACACAUUUUAUCCACUGUACUAGUCCCUGAUUUAUGGUUAUUAAAAGAAGAAGCUGUGUUGCCAUGAUCUGAAAUUCCAGAGUUAUACCCAUGAUUUCUGGGCAAAUGCUUAUCAUUAAGACAUCUUUAUUAAGAAAACAAUUUCUGAGUACAAGCAGUAAAUGUGAUAGUACAGGUUUACUGUUAGUAAGUGCUGGCCUACAACACAAAAUUCCAUAUUUUGAGUUUUUCAUGUACGCAGUCCUUAUUACAGAAUGUAAUAGUACCUUUACUGGAAAAAACAUGGAAAACGUACCCUUGAAUGUAGUGCUUUUACCAUAUUUCACUGCAUAGGCAUUGAUUUUUUGAAACCCCUGUCCACUACAAAGGCUAUUGUGCUAGUCCCUGCUUUACAGUGCUGUAACUUCCAAGAAAUUGGAUUCCACAGAGAAUUUCCUAACAUUCUAUUAGGGGCCACAUAUUCUGACAGUAUGUGAAUGUCACUGACCUAUAAGGACCAUCAGCUGCACCCUCAAUUCCUUUUCUUUCCAUUUGUCUUUUCAUGUAAAUGCAAUCUACUUCUAAUGGGACAGUGAUGUACUCCUUCCCAGCUACCUUUUUGUCAAGCCAUUCAUGACUGAACAUUUCAAAACAGUGGUCAUUGAAGACUUUCACUUCUUAAAUUACAUGACUCCAUUCUUUUAACUUUUUACAGUUUCAGUUCAAUGUAAGUCCUACCUCUCAACAACUUAGAGCAAGAAAUCUGGACAAAGCCAUAAAUAAUGGGGGGGAGGCCAAAAAAUAGGGACAGUUUUUAAAUAUUGCUCUUACAAAUAUAGAAAAUUGAUAGAAUAACAGGUUUUGGAUCAGCAUGCAUUUUCUUAAAGAUAUGAAGUCUGAAACUCAAAUGCCUAUCAUUAUUUUUUGACUUAAUGCUUUGCUAGUUAUUUGCCAGAAAACCAAAAUCUUAUGAGGAACAGAUUAAAAAUAUGAGGCAAAAAUCUGGACAUUUUGCAAAAAUCUGUACAGUUGAGAAGAAUGUUGAAUUUUGGAAAAUUAUUGUGAUGUUUCAGGGAUAUCAUCUGUAAGAUGUGCUUCUCUACAGACCCUUCCUGCCAUAAAGGGUGACAUUUAGCCAUUUACUACUAUGUUGCUAUCUCCUGCAGUUCUAAAGUAGUCAGGCUAAUUGUGUUUGCUCUGUUAAUGCCUGCUACAGUAGCUGUUCUGCAAGCUGCAGUUGACUUGCUUUUAUUGUUAUACUCUAGCAUGUAUUAAUUUUAAGUACACAUCAAGGUUCUAUUGCUUACCAUUCAUACACAGUUCUGUCCAUGUCUGCAGUAGUGCGACUUAGGCAAGGUUCUGUUGCUUACCAUUCAUACACAGCUCUGUCCAUGUCUGCAGUAGUGUGACUUAGGCAAGGUUCUGUUGCUUACCAUUCAUACACAGCUCUGUCCACGUCUGCAGUAGUGCGACUUAGGCAAGGUUCUGUUGCUUACCAUUCAUACACAGCUCUGUCCAUGGCUGCAGUAGUGCGACUUAGGCAAGGUUCUGUUGCUUACCAUUCAUACACAGCUCUGUCCAUGGCUGUAGUAGUAGUGUGACUUGGGUACCCAGUUCUUCCAGACCCUUACUUAGACCAUGUAGAUGCUGAGAACGAAAACUGUUUACCAUAAAGUAGUUUCAUCCGACCAUUAUGAUGAAGUCAUAUGUGACAUCUGUAGUGACCCUAUGAACAGCUAAUAGGCAAAUAUGGAAUGGAGGUGUAUUGUCAGGCCUUUCUUCUACAGCACACACACUUAUGAGCAACUAAGAGUCACCAGUCAACCGACUAAAGGUGGGAGGAAAGCAAAGUACCCAGAGAAAACCCAGGCAGUACAUGCAGAUUCCAGAUGCAAGGCACCCCAGCGAAGAACAGAACUGCCAAACCUCUCAUUGCAAGAUGACAUGGAUACUCAUUGUGUCACCUUCACAGGAAGAGUUGGGGAUUCUUAAAAUUAUUACAGCCCUUCAUGUUGCUGUCAUGUGGAAGGAAGGAGGCAGGGAAACAACGCUUACAAGUUAUAUUAAAAAUUAAAAUGAUACAAUAUGUCAUGAAAGAAAUAUACGUAGUUAUGGGGUUUAAGGUAUAAAUGUGAAUUUCAGUAGAGAAGGUGGACUUCAAGGCUAUACUUCCUGGAUAUUUUCCCAUACUGCUCUCUACCUUUACAGGGCAACCCAGGUGAUUUUGUGUUUCUUGGUUCUUUGUCAAACAUGCCUCUAAUUGUAUGAAGUUACCUUAUCAGCCUAACCAUAGAGUUGGGGCCCAUCAAUAUUGUUAUUAAUUACUAUUGCACGGAACAGCCUCCGGACAGUUGAGCACAUCAUCAAGUCAAAAUUCUGCAUUUGUGAUUAGAAAUGGCAUUUUGUUAAAUUUGCAGUUCAAAAUCUGUCUCUUUUAUAUCUUAAGUAUUUGCCGCAAGCUGUGGAGAGGGAGUUGACUAACUUUCCAAGUACUAUCAGAUAGAUUUAUCGAGUUGGAACUCUUCUUUGUUCAUUCAGGAAAUGGAAUGGUUGGUGUCUCUUGGAUGUCCUGUUUGACCGUAAGGCACUACGUGAGGCAGUAGUUUUGAGCAUGUGUUUUUAGUAGCUGUCUUGCCACAGAGUUUACACCUGUGACAUAGUUUUAUGGCAAAAGUUCCCAAAUACAAAUUUUAAUGAUCGUAAAUAUUUUAGUCAAGUUUAGAGCCUGAUAAGUCUGUUUAUAAAGGACUGUGGCACCAGUCCCUUUCCUCCAUAGUAUCCCUUCUAGAUCUAAGUGAUCUAUUUACUACACAAAAAAAGUUUCUGAUCUCUAAAUACAUCCAGCUCAGGAUUCUUUGUCAGCAUCCAUGAUGUAAUAGCCCAGUAUCUAGCUUUGUUGCUCAGUUUUAGGCCACUUGACUUCUCAGAGUUUCUUCCUUGGACCUUCAGUCCAUUUGAGGAAGCACUGAAUAACUUUAUGCUAUGAGUGGUUAAGCAUUACCUUGGACGUUUCUUUCCUGCAGUUUUGAAAAUGUUAAUGAAUUAUUGCUUCACAAAAUACCCCCCAUAUUUCCUUUGAAUCAGAAAUCAUUUCAAAAGGAAGAGUUUCCCACUGAAGUGCCAUUGUUUUCUGUUUAGAUAAAAAGGUCUUUAUUUAUAUGCUUUCUUUCCAGAAGAACAAUAAGUCCUUUUUGUAGUCUUAAAGAUAUUUGAUUUAUUCUUUACCAAGUCUUUUUUCAUCUCUAUUGACCCUAUUAGGAAACAUGUUGCAUACCUUCAUAUUCUGAUGCAUGUUUUCAAGACAAUAUUUUUAACACUUUUUUUUUUUCAGAAUGAGCACUAAAUA